AUGCGACCCAAUCCAGCAUCUGUAGCCUUGCCAAAUAAGGCCCAGUAUAACAGCAUUAAGAAUUCAACAAGCUCAUCAAAGCUGGUGGUGGACGAACCAACCUGCCUGGAUAAGAUUACCAGGUUUCCCUGCUCGUGGCUUGCCCCCGCCCCCAAGCCCCCAACCCCCCAAGCCCCCAACCCCCAUCCCCCAAGCCCCGUCCCCAAGCCCCCGCCCCCAAGCCCCCGCCACCAAACCCCAGUCCCCAAGCCCCCCCCCCCAAACCCCCGCCCCCAAGCCCCGCCCCCAAACCCCCGUCCCCAAAAACCCCGUCCCCAAGCCCCCGCCCCCAAGCCCCCGCCCCCAAACCCCCGUCCCCAAGCCCCCGCCCCCCGUCCCCAAUCCCCCCGUCCCCAAGCCCCAGAAAACAAACCCAGUCCCCAAACCCCCGUCCCCAAGCCCCCGCCCCCAAGCCCCCGCCCCCAAGCCCCCGUCCCCAAGCCCCCGUCCCCAAGCCCCCGUCCCCAAGCCCCCGCCCCCAAGCCCCCGUCCCCAAUCCCCAGUCCCCAAGCCCCAGUCCCCAAACCCCCCGUCCCCAAGCCCCCGCCCCCAAGCCCCCAACAGUCCCCAAGCCCCCAGCCCCCAAGCCCCGUCCCCAAUCCCCCCGUCCCCAAGCCCCAGUCCCCAAGCCCCAGUCCCCAAACCCCCAGUCUCCAAGCCCCCGCCCCUAAGCCCCAACGUCCCCAAUCCCCCGUCCCCAAGCCCCAGUCCCCAAGCCCCCCGUCCCCAAGCCCCAACAGUCCCCAAUCCCCCGUCCCCAAGCCAGACAACAAAGAUCAUACCAGCAAGGCCAACUGA